AUGGAGAACAACCUUUUCACAGGUACCAUCCCAAGUAAUUUGGGGAAAUUACAAAGGUUGCAACAAUUGCUACUAUAUGGAAACAGAUUAUCAGGACAGAUCCCACCCUCCCUGGGCAACCUCUCUCAAAUGUACUCCCUCUUUUUAGCUAUCAACAGAUUAGAAGGCAAUAUACCUUCGAGUAUUGGGAACUGUCAAAAUUUGCAAAUGCUGGAACUGUCACAAAAUCGCCUUACUGGCAUCAUACCCAAAGAUGUUAUGAGUUUCUCCUCCCUUUCGAAACACCUGAACUUAUCACAAAAUUCAUUGAAUGGUUCUCUACCGCAGGAAGUAGGUAAGCUGAGAAAUAUAAAUACAUUGGACAUCUCGAAUAACAAAUUGUCUGGAGAAAUUCCAGGAACAAUUGGAGAUUGUUCGAGCUUGGAAUACUUAAAUAUGCAAGGAAACCUUUUUGAGGGCACCAUUCCCUUAACUUUGGCUUCUUUGAAAGGUAUUCAACAUCUAGACCUUUCAGGAAAUAACUUGUCCGGAGAAAUUCCCAAAGACCUGGGGAGCCUUCGCUUUUUGCAAUAUCUUAACCUCUCUUUCAAUGAACUUGAGGGCGAGGUACCGACCAAAGGAGUUUUCAAAAACGCAAGCGCAAUAUCAGUGGUUGGGAAUACCAAACUUUGUGGAGGUAUCCUUGAACUGAACCUACCGCCAUGUCCUACCAAUGUAAAGAAGCAUGGAAGACCUAAAGCAUUCAAGAUAGGGAUCAUAGUCGGCAGUGUAGUUCUGUUUUCAAUGCUAAUGAUGUCCUUUGGAGCCCUAUGCUUUUGGAGAAAAGAAAGAACAAGUGACUCGUUUUCCACAAGUUCAAGAGUUGACGGGCUUUUAAGGAUUUCUUACUAUGACCUAUACCAAGCAACUGCAGGAUUCUCUUCAGGAAAUCUGAUUGGGUCAGGAAGUUUUGGGUCAGUCUACAAGGGAAGCCUGCAGCAGGGGAAGGAAAGGUUAGUAGCAGUAAAGGUACUUGAACUUGAGAAGAGUGGAGCUUCAAAGAGCUUCGCAGCCGAGUGCAGAGCCUUAAGGAACAUACGACAUCGGAAUCUAGUUAAGAUCUUGAGUUACUGUUCCAGCAUUGAUUCCAAAGGUAAUGAAUUUAAAGCACUAGUUUACGAAUUUAUGGAAAAUGGGAGUCUAGAUUCGUGGUUGCAUCCAGAAAUAGUUGAAGUGAAUACAUUGAGGACUCUGAAUCUUCUCCAGAGGCUAAAUAUUGCAAUUGAUGUGUCUUCUGCGUUGCAUUAUCUCCACAACCAUUGUGAAACACCAGUUAUUCAUUGUGAUUUGAAGCCAAGCAACAUUCUUCUAGACAAUGACCUGACUGCUCAUGUCGGUGAUUUCGGAUUAGCAAGGCUCCAUUCAGGAAAGACCAAUGAUAUUUUACAGCAGCAAAAUAGCUCGAUUGGAGUAAAGGGAUCUAUUGGCUAUGCAGCACCAGAGUAUGGAAUGGGUGGUGACACAUCAACGCAUGGAGAUGUAUAUAGCUAUGGGGUCCUCUUGCUUGAAAUGUUCACAGGGAGGAGACCAACUGAUGAUAUGUUCAAAGAUGAUUUAAAUCUCCAUAAUUAUGUGAAGAGGGCACUGCCAAAACAAGUCCUGCAGAUUGUAGACCCAGUACUUCUUGCAAAAGGAGAGAUAGAAAGAGAUGAGGAAUCAAUUGCAGCACCAGGAAAAGAAGAGGAGGAUGAUGAUGACAACGACAACCAUAAUGAAAUAGAACAACAAAAAGACAACAAAAAUUUUAUAAGUUGUCGCCGAGGGAGCAAUAAGAUGGUAAAGGGCAUCAUUUCGGCCCUUCAAAUUGGAUUGGCAUGCACAGCAGAAUCACCAACAGGACGAAUGAAUAUGAGUAAAGUCUCCAGGGAGCUACAACUCAUUAGAAGUGUUUUCCUUGGUUGA